AUGAUGUGUAGUCGAGGCCACUGGAGACCUGCAGAGGAUGAGAAGCUAAGAGAACUCGUCGAACAAUUCGGUCCUCAUAAUUGGAACGCCAUAGCUCAAAAGCUCUCUGGUCGAUCUGGUAAGAGUUGUAGGUUGAGAUGGUUUAACCAAUUGGAUCCUAGAAUUAAUCGAAACCCUUUCACGGAGGAAGAAGAAGAGAGGCUUUUAGCGUCUCAUCGGAUCCAUGGGAACAGAUGGUCAGUGAUCGCUAGAUUUUUCCCUGGUCGAACCGAUAAUGCCGUUAAAAACCAUUGGCACGUCAUCAUGGCUCGUCGUGGCCGAGAACGGUCCAAGAUGCGUCCACGUGGUCUUGGCCAUGAUGGCGCGGUGGCUGCGACAGGGAUGAUGAGUUAUAACGACUGCGACAAGAAGAGUCGAUUGCCAACCGUAACCACUAUCAAUUAUCCUUAUCAAUUCUCUCAUAUCAAUCAUUUUCAAUUCCUCAAAGAGUUCUUGACCGGAAAGAUUGGGCUUCGGAAUAGUAAUAUUCCACUCAAUGAAGGAGCAAUAGACCAAACCAAAAGGCCAACGGAGUUCUACAAUUUUCUUCAAGUAAACACGGAUUCGAAGAAACCCGAAGUGAUAGACAAUUCAAGAAAAGACAAAGAAGAAGAUGUCGAUCCACGUAGCCAUAAUCACAACGAGAAUUGUGUUCCCUUUUUCGACUUUUUGUCUGUUGGAAACUCUGCCUCUUAG